AUGCCUCAGAAAAUUACCGUGGCUGUGGCACAAGCCCGCACUCUGUCUACUCUCGAGUUGACCCUCGCUUCUCUCAAGGAAACCACCCAGCAUGCAGCUUCAAAGGGCGUCCAUCUUAUACUCUUCCCAGAAGCCUACCUAGGCGGAUAUCCUCGCACUUGUGACUUUGGAACUGCUGUUGGCGCGCGUGCUCCCUACGGGCGGGAUCAAUUUCUUGAGUACUUCCGUGCUGCCGUUGACCUGGGCGAUACGCCUGCUGGAGCGGGAGAUGACUGGGUGGAGCGUAAGCUACCCGUGGCCCAAGGUCGAGACCACCGUGGUGAUGGAACAAGAGAGUUCCUCGAGCGGCUAUCCCGCGAGACGGGCGUCUUUAUUGCAACUGGGUUGAUUGAAAAGGCCGGGGGGAGCUUGUACUGCUCUGCGCUGUAUGUCGAUCCUUUGAGGGGUGUUCUGGGGAAAAGACGAAAGGUCAUGCCGACUGGCUCGGAACGUCUCGUGUGGGCGCAGGGGUCUCCUUCUACAUUAAAAGCUAUCACCACAGAGCUGAAUGGAGUCAAGCUUACUAUUGCCGCCGCUAUCUGCUGGGAAAACUUCAUGCCUUUGCUUCGUCAAAGUCUUUAUUCGCAAAAUGUGAACAUCUACCUCGCACCCACAGCUGACAGCCGUGACACCUGGCUGCCUCUCAUGCGCACUAUUGGUGGCGAAGGCCGCACUUUUGUGCUUUCUUGCAACCAGUGCGUCCGCUACAGUGAAUUACCGUCCUGGAUCACCGAGCAGGGUAAAAAUACAGAAGAAGAUCCAGACCGCUAUAUCUCGCGUGGUGGCUCCUGCAUCGUCGGACCCUUCGGCGAAGUCGUGGCUGAACCUAUCUGGCAAGUCUCCACUGACGAUGCAGCUGAUAUCUCUAGCAUCGAAAAUGCGCUUGUGAUUUCUGACAUAGACUUGGAGGAUUGUGAACGAGGCCGACUUGACAUGGAUGUUGCGGGAAGCUAUUCAAGAGAUGCAUUCCGGUUAACGGUUGACGGGUUGGACCUGAACCCUCCUCCGUUCUAG